UUUGACUAACGAAUCGAGGGCAAUGUUGAUGAUUGGUUAGAUGGUUAGACUUUAAGGUUAUGUUUAUUUAUUUAAAAUUUGUCUGUGUAUUAUAUUUUUUUUGUUUAGUCUUAAGUUGUUUACUGUCUGUUCGAUACAAUAAAAAUAAAUAAUUUUGGAAACAUAGCCAUCUAAGUUUAAAGUUUUCAUUAUUACUAAUAGCGGUAAUGAUAGUGUAUUUUGUUGGGUUUAUUUGUAUGAAAGAAUUAAUGUAAGGUUAAAAAUUGUUAAUUUUUUAUAGUUAACGAAAUAAUUCUGUUAAUUGAUCAACAUGUCUCUAAUAAACACGCCGUAUUGGAAGCGUUUGUGGCGUUGGGUAACUUCCCAAAGACUUACUGAUGAAGAGUUAGUAAAUGCAUUGGAUAACAAAAGUACAAUCGAUUUUCUACAUAAAGGAAUUGCUGGUUACCAGCCCACAAACAUAGAUAAAUUUAAGGAACUACAAUCUAAAUAUCAAGAUCAUACUAAAUUAUUAAGUGUUGUCCAAACAUUGCAAAUAUAUUUAGACAUUGAUUGCUUUCAAAUAUGGGAUAUAAUUAACCAUUACUUAUGCAAUGUUUCAUAUGGAACACCUGAGAAAGCUUUGAAGAAUGUUGCAUUUGUGGAUACCAGACCAUCUUUCUUAGUACCAAAUGUUUGGAAAUUUUACUAUGAGGAGAGAUUAUUUAUGCUCAAACUUUUACAGUAUAUGAUAACAUUCAAAUCUGAUCCAUGCCAUAAACAUCAUAAACAAUUCAGUAAGGUAUUUAGUGAUAUAGGUAUAUCCAAUUUGAAGAAAUCUCUCAUUCAACAAUUCGAAAAGUUAUUGUCGUCUGCACCUCCAUUAAGAAAGAUAAAUAGUGACUUUCAUAGUGAUACAGUAAGGCAAGAAUGGGCUACAUAUAUACUACGAGAACAAGUUACGAUUCUGCAAAUAUUAAUGUUAGCUAACAAUGAGUGCCAUUUUACACAUGAUGAGUUUCUUACCUUAUUCAAGUUGUUUAAGAAACAUAAUUUUGGUAAGAAUCAAAGUUUCGGCGAUCUCUUAGAUGACAAAAAGAAGGAAAGCUUGAGAGUCAUGUAUAUGGAAUUAGGACUCAUUUUGGUUGCAUUGGAUGGUGAUGAAAUAAAGGAUCUUCCAGUAUGGAUAGAAAAUGUUAAGGAUACUGUGGAAAGUGAACUUACAAAGUUGGAACCCGCCGUCGAACAAUCUCCAAUGCUUUUGUCAUGGAUGAUGUUUACUCUUCAGAGUGAACAGCACGGAAAGAUGUUUGAAACAAAAUACCAGCAAUAUGGAGCGACAGCACUUAGGUUAAGAGUUUUUGAGUUUUUGCUGCAGAUGCUCAAUGAUCCACUAUACAAUGAUAAGUCUAAAUGUGCUGAUAUUAUUAGGGAUAGAGUGUUUAGACUUAUGAAUUAUGUUUGUGACAAAUUUGAUGCGGAUGGUACUAUAAGUUGCCAGCCUGGUGUUAUGUCGUUUUGUGGACAAUUAUUGAAAUCUCCAAGCAAUGCGAGAGUCUUCUGGCAAUUGCAUCAAAAAGAUGAGAGUGUUGGCAUGGUAUCUGUGUGGAAUUCAGCAUUGGAAUACUUUCCAUAUAAUUUCAAUGCCUUGUCUACAUUGGCAGCAGGCUUAGCUGAAGCAGGAGUAAAUAGUGUUAGAAAUUUAAUAGCCGAAUUGAAGUGCCUUUCCGUUUAUACAGAAGUUUAUAACCCAAGUGCCGUCUCUAUCACAUCGUUACAAGAAGGAGAUGCUAUAAUUGGAAGAGAUUAUUUUCCUCUUGGGGAUCCAUCUUAUCAUAUAGAAGCCAGGUCAAAGGCCACCAUAAUGGAAAGGAAAGAAGGAACUAUGAUUCAUUUUCGAACUCCAUACUCAUAUUGGACUGUCUUUUAUCGAGAAAUAGAAAAGGCGUUAGAUAUUAAUCAAAGACAACAGUAUAUUCAUACCGCCUUGGAAAAGGUUUACGAGGGGACAAAAAUAUUGAAAAGUGUUUUAAGAGCUUUGGUGCCAGGAAAAGAGAUUCCAAAGGGUUUGGUGGUACCGAGUGAGGGAGUGUUUGAUAUAUUGGUGAGAUUCAUGAGAGCUGAGUCGCCACCACUGCCGCUAUUGGUUGAGUGUCUCGGUGUAUGCACUGCAUUGUUACCGCUUUUCACAAAUGAAAUAUAUUCAAGACUGAUAAACACGGGCCUGUUGCCUCGAGUCACAAAGAGACAAUUGUCACACAUAGAGUAUGCUACUGGAGUGUCGCUGGACUCUGCUGCAGUUGGUCAUUACUUGGUGACGAUAGAACAACCAAUGGGGACCUACCAGUUCCUGAGCGCCUAUAUGGAUCUAUUGUAUGCAUUCCAUCAGUCAUCGGAAGACGAGCGAAUAACAACAGAUGUACUGCUGCCAGGUUUAGUAUUGAUACUGCGUGAAGUGUUUCCCAAUAUUUAUGGUUGGAGAUACACCUCCUCGUCAGAACGGGGACAGCUCAUAAACAAGUGUGCCACCUAUUUCACAGUAGUGCUCCAAGAUUGUAAGAAAAACAUUGUGCUGAAGAAGAUUUGUGUCCAGGGGCUGAUGUUUACUGAGAAUGCAUUGGAACUGUUGAAGAUUGUGUCUAUGGGUAAUGAGAACCUGGAACGUCUUAUCCACAAAGACACAAACUGGAUAUCUGGCCCAGCAUAUCAGUACACAUUCACUCUGCAGUAUUGCAUGGCUGUGAUGAUGCUCACACUCACCCAUAAGUCCCUAGUAUGUGAUGCCAAGGAAGUAACGCCGCUGGAACAGUUAGUUUUCGCUCAGAACAAACACACAAACAGCCUGAGAGUGGUACCUCGAGUGACCAGUUACAUCAACCACCCAUUCAACAAGAGACUGUCAGUUCUCAGUUGCAGGCUCCUAAAGAAGUUUGCUGAUCUCUUCCAAAUGUCCUUAUUCGCGUCCUUGGAAAUGAGCUCGUACCAAGUUCGUGUGAUGUUCUUGGAUCGACUGCGUGACGAUAACGAGAUAGUGGACCUGAAAAUUGUUAUCCUGGAGUUUGUAGCUACAUGCAUCGGCAAACAGCCCGGCCUUACCGAAGCGUUCUUCAUGAUAAACCACAUAAAGGCCAAAGCUGAAGAAAGCAAAGAGAAAAAUGACACCAAUGAAAGUUUUGAGGGCAUCUUGGGAUACAUGGCAGAUUAUCUUGAGACCAUUAAAGCGGAUUCAAAAUUGCUUAAUAGCCCUCUAUUAGGAUGUAUAAUGGGCAUAUUUCAUGCUCUGUGGAAAAAUAACAUGCAGAUCCUGGUGAAAAAGCUAUGUGAGCACCCGAAAUUUUGGGAACACUUAAGUAGCCCGCUCUUCAGUGCAAUACAACCCGGACUAAAAACAUACAGUCAAAUAUUCAAUGUACUAAGUAUAGAACUAUUUGUAUCUCGAGACAAACUUGAUCCGAAUUUCAAAGAUAUCCUCGAACAGUUCUUCGACACCAAUAAAAAGCAUCUCGACUCAUGGGUAAAUUAUAUAUUUUCCUUCAAAAACAAAGAUGUGGAAGAACAAAUUAUUGAUGAAGUGCCGGUGUGGCUUGGCUUGUUGACAUCAUGGAAAGACUUUACGACUGUGUAUUGCAAAUGUCUGCCGUUCAGUUUGAAUAUCGCGCACAAAGCUAAAAUAGUUGGUCCUUGCAUGACGGCUCUGUCUAACGAAUUGGAAGAAUUGAAGGAUAGUAGGCUAGUUGUGAUACUAGCUGAGCUGUACGUCAUAAUGCUAUCGAAUUGGAAAGACGAUUGCUUCGAGAACAGAAAAGCUUGCGCCAAGCAGAUCGAUAGUCUAUUGACUAACGUGGCUAUCCACUAUGAAGACUUACAUCCGAGAGCGGUGCGUGCUAUACUCUCAAUAGCAACGGUCGCGAUAAGCAGCUUGGAUUACGAGAUCAAAGCCAACAGUGGUCUUGCUCAGAGCAUCAUUCGUUCUGUUACUAACAUAAAUAGCUUGGAAUUAGAAAACCUCUUUAAUAAUAUACGAGGACCGACAGAUAUCGCUGAUGCUGAUAAGGCGGAAAGAGAGGAAGUACCAUCGAUUGUGUUAUGUCUUGCAAUGCUAGAGCAAUGUCUCGAUUUUUACGACGAUCUGUUCUCGGGACUAUCGCAGUGGUUCCAGUCUACGAAAUUUACCAAUAAACUAUUGUGCUGUCUGCAAAUCUGCCUACAAAAUAGGCGUCAUUAUCAUACGUCGUUGGCCGCUUUGAGAUGUUUGACAGCGUACGCCCGCGGUCCGUUCUCGAAGGACCUUUUGCUGGCAGACGUGGACCAAUUCUUGUGGCUGCAGCUGUUGCCUCCGAAGACUGAUGCUGAUACGAAUAGCAGUGGUUCUUGGAAGGCUGAGGAGUGGUGGAAGGUGUAUGGAUAUAGUUUGGACUUUAUAUCGACGAUGGUGAUGAAGCAUGGGCAGUUAUUCGCGGGUGAUGCUAUCACGUUUGUGGGCGUUCACUUGGAGUAUUUAGUGGAGGCAGUACUGUUACUGCGCCAGUCAUGCAGCAUAGAUAUCCUCAACCUGUGUGCGUCGACGCUCAGUUUGGUUGUGCAGCUCGUGAACUACGAAGCGAGGUGGCGGAUGAUGAAUAUAAACUCAUUGGUCUGCAUGAUGCGCAGUAUCAGUGCGUGCCUGUACCAGUGUGUGAUGUGGAUGCUGCGUGCGCGCCGAUCGAGUGAGCACGAUGACGUCACACACACCGCUCCCUCCACUAGCGCGUUGCACAGAGUAUUGGAAGUGCUGCACAUGGCAGCAAUUUGCCUGCUGUCCUUCAGCCCUGAUCUUCUGUCCCUGCUGGCUGAUCCGUUGUUGGACCUGGAGCGAUGGCAACCUAUAGUGGAACUGCACUUCGGAGCUCCCAAGAUCACCUACGAGCCCUUCCCGCAACUCACAUUUGGCACUCUGCUCUCCGCCAUCUGUUUGUUGACGAGAUCUUUGAAUCAUACAUACCACACAGAAGACGGCUCUCGGUCGCCGCGCGGUCGGCGUCGCGCCUGCUCGUGCGGCAGCCCUGGCGAGCCGCGGCGUGUCAUCCGCAGCGAGUCGGUCGCCAGCGUGUCGUCAGUGAGCAGCGCGCUGCCGCCGACCAACGAGCGGCUUCUGGCCGGCGCGCUCCAGGCCACCGUCACGCUGCUCGCCUCGCAGGCACUUCUCACGGUUCGUGACCCCCAUGUCGCGAGUCGCCACAAGCAGCUUGUUCGACGCGAGUUGGCUUCCGAGCUAACAGUGUUCCACGACUUCGUUCGCAAGCGUAUCCUGUGCGCUGCACACAACCGGCCCCACCUGGCGCGGAACAAGCUGGGAGCGUGGCCGCUGGUCGCAAACGAAGAAGAGAUAAAGAGAAUCGAAGAAGCGAGGAGAGAGAGACAUGUGAACGAUGACGAUGACAGAAUGCUGCCGCCGCCGCCGCCGCCUAAACGUUCCUCACAAGACUCAAUGCGCGAGUUCAUCCUCCGGAAACACUUCCUGGAUAAAUUCGCUCAGACUCCUACCAAGGACCCGCCGCUCCCGGUCUCUCACUCGACUCCCGCAUCAGACAAAAAGAAAGAAACUUCCAGAAGUCUGAAACGAGUCUCUUGGGCCGAAACACCGACAGGCAGUGAUGAAUCUAUCGAUAGUUCGUCGCAGGAAACUGAAGCUGUGUAUUCUAAUUUGACUGAUGUGCAAAUUAAUAAUGAUGAGGAUUACUUUCAUUUUAUGUCCAUUGUGUUUCUUUACGUGUGUCAAACUGAAUUGUAAUUAAUUUAAGAGACCUUCAAAAUAUUUUACUUAAUUGAAUUUUACAUGAAUUAAAAUUAAUGAUCUACAA